CAAAAUUAUCAUUGAUCAAUACAAAUAAUAAUGUACUUUUAUGCAGAAAUAAUAUUUUUUCAAAUUCAAUUUUAAAUUUAACAAAUAAAAAUUAUUCCACACAAAGACCAUCACCAAAGAGAACUGCAUAUUCUAUUUUUUCAGAAUCAGCAAAUAAUAGUAACAGCACAAAUAUUAAUAAUUUUGAAGGUUUAAAAAAAAUUAAUGAUGAAAAAAAUGGCGGUAAUUUUAAUGGAAAUUUAGGUUCAACCAUUGAACCAAUUAGAGUUCAAGUUGUUCAAAGUAGAUUUAAAAAGUUUUUAAUUAUUAUAAUUGGUGCAUUAAUUGUUUAUUAUAUAUUCUUUAGUCGUGGUAGCAAGGACAAGGGUGGAAUUAUGUCAAUUCUUACAGAUAAACCAUUCAAAUCAAUUGUUGAACGUCCAAAAACCACAUUCAAUGACGUUAUUGGAGCAGAGGAGGCUAAGGGUGAGUUACAAGAUUUGGUUGAUUUCCUUCGUUCUCCAUACAAAUAUUAUAGCAAAGGAAUUGUUAUUCCAAAAGGUAUUCUUUUAGUUGGUCCACCAGGUACAGGUAAAACUUUAUUAGCCAAAUCAUUGGCAGGUGAAGCUCAGGUUUCAUUUAUCACAAUCAAUGGUUCAGAAUUUGAAGAGGCUUUUGUUGGUGUUGGUGCACGUCGUGUUAGAGACCUCUUCCAAACUGCUAGAAAAAAUGCUCCAUGCAUUGUAUUUAUCGAUGAAAUUGAUUCAGUUGGUGGUAGUCGUUCAAAGAGAGUCAACUAUCAUCCAUCCGAAGCUUUAAAUCAAUUAUUAGUAGAGUUGGAUGGUUUCACUGGUAGAGAAGGUGUAAUGGUUAUUGCCGCUACAAAUUAUCAAGAAACCUUAGAUGCUGCUUUAAUCCGUUCUGGUCGUUUCGAUCGUAUUAUUCAAGUACCACUCCCAGAUGGCAAAGCCAGAAAGAAUAUUAUCGAACAUUAUCUCAAAGGCAAAAUAGUUUCAGCAAAAGUAGAUACCACUACUAUUGCUCAAUCUACUCCAGGCUUCAGUGGUGCCGAUCUUUUCAAUCUUGUAAAUUGGGCUGCUCUCGAUACUAUCAAACAUAAUAAACCAGAAAUCUCAAUGGAGGCCCUCGAAAAUGCAAAAGAAAAUUUAAUUAUGGGCAAAGAAAGACACUCCUAUAUCAUGAGUGACGAAGCUAGAAAUAUUUGUGCUUAUCAUGAAGCUGGUCAUGCUUUGGUUGCCAUUAUGACACCAGGUGCUCGUACUGUUCACAAGGCUACUAUAAUGCCAAGAGGUGAUGCUUUGGGUCUUGUAUCCAUGUUGGAUAAGGAAGAGGCAUUUGUCACAAAAAAACAAUUGUUAGCUCAUAUGGAUGUAGCUAUGGGCGGUAGAGCCGCUGAAGAAAUUAUUUUAGGUAAAGAAAAUAUUUCACAAGGUGCCAGUAGUGAUAUUCAAAAGGCAACCCAAAUUGCUAAAAGUAUGGUAUCAAAAUAUGGUAUGUCCGAUAAAGUUGGUAAUAUUUUCAUUCAAUCAGAAAAUAAAAUAAGCCCUGCCCAAAGAGAAUUGGUUGAUUCAGAAGUUAAACACCUUUUAGAUGACUCUUACUCAAGAGCUCAAGCACUCUUAAAGAAAUACUCAAAAGAACACCAUCUUAUUGCAAAGGCUUUAUUAGAAUAUGAAACCUUAUCAUUGGAAGAAAUUAAAGAUAUUAUUGCCAGCAAAUCUUUGGUAAAUAAAAAAAAUCGUGAACAAUUAAUCAAAGAAAGAGAAGAACAAAAAAUUAAAAGAGAAAGAGAAUUUAGAGCAAGAUCCGAAGCUAGUCAACUCAUUAAUGUCAUGAAUGCAAAAGCUAAAAAUGAAGGACAAUUAAAUAAUAAAGUUGAGGAGUUAAUUAAAGCCUAUAACUUGGAACAAAAUCCUGCUGUUAAAAAAAUUAUUGAAGAACAAAGACAACAACAACAACAACAGCAACAACAACAACAACAAUUACAACAACAAUUACAACAAAAGCAACAACUUCAAAAUUUACAAAGACAACAAAUUCAACAACAACUCCAACAACAACUCCAACAUAUUCAACAACAACAAAUUCAACAACAGCAACAACAACAACAACAACAACAACAACAACAACAACAACAACAGCAACAAAAUAGUAACUCUCAAUCAAUUCCAAUCGAAAUAAGAAAUGAUGAAACAAAAGUUAACAUAAAUACAAAUAACAAUACCAAUAAUUCUAAGAAUGAUAAUAAAUCAAAAUAAUAAAUAUAUAUUAAUUUAUAAAU